UAGCUAGCUAACGUUACAAGCAACUAGCUAACGUUAGCUAGUCUAACACUGAAGCUCCAAUUUAAAUCUUGUGAAGAUAACAGCGAAAUAUAUAAAACACAAAUAUGGCUAUUUGGCAGAUUACACGUUUAUAGAAAUGUUAUGAGACCGUACGUGAAUGUCUGUUCUUUCGUAUGGAAAGAGCUUGUUCUCCUUUCUAAAAACUUAACGUUACGUUACAGAGGACCGCGUUCCCGUUAAGCCCCUCAUGCGGUAAAUUGAUUUGAAGCACUUUUUGUAUCAACACAAUGCUCGGUCAUCAUGACUUUCAUUACGAAUGUCUAACUUUCUUGUAACUAAGCUAAACAAAAUGGGCACUUCGGUAAUAGGCUUUUUUUUGUAAUGCCUUAGUUUCAGUUGUUUCAAUCCGUGUACAUUCAGUUUCAAACCAGUGUAUUGUGUAUUAUUAAGUCCAACAUAGAAAGGACUCACAUAUAGGAAGGAUGGUGUGCAUGGGCCUUGUUUUUAUGUCCACACAUAUAAACUACACCGUUUUAACAGAUUGGUCACACAAUCACAACAAAGAUGAUCUCAUUAGCCAUUUUCAAAUUGUCUAAAUCUUGUGUCUUUCAGAAAAGGGGAGUGCAAAAUAAUCCUGACUAGGACCACCAAGAUUUUAUACUUUGAGUCAGGGGGAGCCAUACAUUGAAGUCUAGGGAGAACGUAGAUUUCUCAAAGGAGAAAAUUUCUGCGUUUGAAAGGCCUUUAAGAUGUCCACCAUGAUUGUUCUGCGUGUUGUUAUUGGAGAUACACAAGUUCACAAAUUGGUACUACCAGAGGGUGUACCUAGCACUGUAGAGGACCUUUCAGCUGUCAUCCAGGAGCAGUAUCAACUUACUGGAAGUCACGCUGUUAUGUAUAUGGACAAAGAUUUUGAUAAUCAGUACUUUACUCUGACAUCCACGGAUGUAAUUAAGGACAAAGAUACAAUUAAACUCAUUCCAAAUGAAGAUCCCACUUUGACUUUGAUGCUGACUCCUGUAGCUGAGACUGUAGAAAGUUCAUCUUCCUUCUCCCUGGAUCAGUCCAGUCAGGAUCCUGCUGCUGCGUCUGUUAGCUCUGCUGACAUAAUGAUAUUACCAAAAUCGCCAGAGUGUCGCUCUAAACAAUGGCCUGCAUAUUUUGAGAUCCCCACUUUUUCUCACAAUGUGGAGAUGCUCCUUCAAGCUGGAAAUGAUACUUACGAACGUGAUGGAACCGUCCUGCAAAAUCCGGCAAUGACCUCCGACAUACUUGAGACAAUUGCAGAUUCCAUUUUUUCCUACACAGCUUACCCCACAGGUCUCCAAAUACUGUCUGUUGUUGAAGCCCUGGUUAAAAAACAUCCAUGCUUAAAGGAGCCUGCAACAUCUUUGUCUGGAUUAUAUGGAUGGCAACAGCGUCUCAAAUAUAAGAUGAAUAAUUAUCGUUCUAAACUCAGAAAGCGUGAAGUGCCUUGUCCAGAGCUAGAAAUCAACUCCAUGAAAAGGAAGAGACCUGGUGACACAAAUCCAGCUAAAAACUGUAAGAAACCAAAAAGAGCGGAAGUCAACUAUCUUCCUCCACACCCACAAGGAGAGACAACUGAAAAUUUAGAGAAGAUACGACUAGAGCUACUUGAAGACAUUAAAAAGAAAAACAAUUACGGGGUGAUUUAUCCAAAAAUGGCCCAAACCUUCUCUUAUCGAAGACUGGAGGUGGUGACUGGUAGUCCAGCUGCUGAUGAAUUCAAAGAAAGAUGGCCAGCUCUCUUUACUGAAGCAGGGAUAAAAGAAGAGUUUCGGAGAAUAACCACCAUUCCCCUUGAGCAGACCUUCAUGUUCAAUCUGGAUAGUUACACUCCAAAACUGCUUUCUGUACUUGAGAAGAAGGGUGGCGCUAUUGGUGCAAAACUGAGACCUAUUUUGGAUAAACACAGACAGGUGUGUUUACUUGGUCACAAUUGUUGAGCGCAUUAAAGAUAUUUACCAUUAAUAAAUCCCUGUCUCUUUCCAGAACGAAACAGUUGAGAUGAGACGUGGCGAUGUGAUUCGUGGAUUAAUGCUCUACCUUGGUGAAAAAGAGGAAGAACUCUUUCUAGACUGUCAGGUAAAACUUGAAAUUUCUGUGACUGUCUUUAUGAUUUAUAUAUAUUAUAAAUUAAAGCUGAUAUCCCUCGUCUUGCAACAAAACAAGGUCUCUCAGAUUUUAAAAUGGUUACUCCUGGUCCAAACUUAUCACUUUUUUCCUAAUGGAUUUAUAACAUCCAAAAUCUUCAUAGGAGUGGGUUUAAAACAACUUUUGGGAAGGAACACUGUCACGAUAACUUCUUUUCCUGUUUACAAUCAAUUAAAAGGUGUAAAAAAAUAAAGUAUUUUGAGGAGCAAAUGUCUCUUUUUACAAUAUAUUGAAGGAGAGGACUUUUUUUCCCCUGCCAAUGGAUGUGUAAAAAUCAGGUAUAGCUCCCUUACUCAUA